AUGACUUUCCUAAAGGACGUGAAGAGCUCUGCUUACCACUCUCGUUUCCAAACUCCCUUCAGAAGAAGAAGAGAAGGUAAGACCGACUACUACCAACGUAAGCGUCUGGUCGCCCAACACAAGGCCAAGUACAACUCUCCAAAGUACAGACUUGUGGUCCGUUUCACCAACAAGGACAUCGUGUGCCAAAUCGUGUCUUCUACCAUCACCGGUGACAUUGUUUUGACCGCUGCCUACUCCCACGAGUUGCCUCGCUACGGUAUCACCCACGGUCUAACCAACUGGUCUGCUGCCUACGCCACUGGUUUGUUGGUCGCCAGAAGAGCUUUGCAAAAGCUUGGCCUUGACGAAACCUACCCAGGUGUCGAAGAGGUUGAAGGUGAAUACCAAUUGACCGAAGCCGUCGAAGGUGCUCCUCGUCCUUUCAAGGUCUUCCUCGACAUCGGUUUGCAAAGAACCACCACUGGUGCCCGUGUCUUCGGUGCCCUAAAGGGUGCCUCCGACGGUGGUUUGUACAUUCCUCACUCCGAGAGCAGAUUCCCAGGCUGGGACUUUGAAGCCGAGGAGGUCGAUGCCGACUUGCUAAGAACUUACAUCUUCGGUGGCCACGUUUCCCAAUACAUGGAGGAAUUGGCCGAUGACGAUGAAGAACGUUUCAGAGAAUUGUUCAAGGGUUACUUGGCCGAUGACAUCGAAGCUGAUGCUCUAGAAGACAUUUACACCGAAGCCCACGAACAAAUCCGUGCUGACCCUGCUUUCAAGCCAACCGAAAAGAAGUUCACCAAGGAACAAUACGCUGCUGAAUCCAAGAAGUACAGACAAGUCAAGUUGACCAAGGAACAAAGAAGAGAACGUGUUGCUGCCAAGAUUGCUGCUUUGGCCCAAUAA